AUGGUUUCAACUUCUGCUCAACCUACGGAAGUAUUGUCCGAGGAUAACGGCCCUCCUCGUCGAGCCAAAUUGUGGUAUUCAACCAUCCAUACUGUCACCGUCAUGGUCGGUGCCGGUAUUCUAAGCCUCCCUUAUGCCAUGGCUUAUUUGGGAUGGGGACCAGGGACAGUGGUUAUGAUAGUAUCAUGGUGUAUGACUUUGAAUACAAUGUGGAAAAUGAUAGAGGUGCAUGAAUGUGUUCCGGGGACGCGGUUUGACCGGUACUAUGACCUUGGUAAAUACGCGUUUGGGCCUAGACUCGGGGCUUGGGUGGUGCUCCGUCAAUAGCAAAUUGUUCAGGUGGGACGUGACAUUGUGUACAUGGUCACUGGAGGGAAGUGCCUUAAGAAGUUCAUGGAGAUAGCAUGCACCAACUGUGUUAGGCUUAAGCAGUCUUAUUGGAUCAUCAUUUUUGGUUCACUCCAUUUCUUCCUUUCUCAACUCCCUAACUUUAAUUCUGUUUCUUGGGUUUCUUUAGCAGCUGUUGUUAUGUCACUCAGGUAAUUACACAUAAUUACAUAAUAGAAUGUCAAUUUAUUAAUAUUGAUAAACGUAUUUCAUUGACUUGAAAGUGAAUGUUGCAGCUACUCAACCAUAGCCUGGGUAGGCUGUUUGGCCAAAGGUCGUAUUAAGAAUGUGAACUACGGUUACAAACACACAAGAAACAUUGAUUUCAUGUUUGGAGUCUUCAAUGCACUUGGUCAUAUCUCAUUUGCUUAUGCAGGGCAUGCAGUUGCACUUGAAAUUCAGGCCACUAUACCAUCCAGUCCUGAGAAACCAUCAAAAAUACCAAUGUGGAAAGGCGCCUUAGGUGCUUAUUUCAUCAAUGCAAUUUGCUAUUUUCCAGUAGCAUUUAUAGGUUACUGGGCAUUUGGCCAAGAUGUAGAUGAUAAUUUGCUAGUAGGACUCGAGAGGCCUCCUUGGCUUAUCGCCUCUGCCAACCUCAUGGUCGUCAUCCAUGUUAUUGGCAUCUAUCAGGUGUAUGCAAUGCCCAUCUUUGAUUUGCUUGAGAGAUUGAUGAUUAAGAGACUAAAUUUCCCACCUGGAGUUGCUCUUCGACUCAUUACUCUAACAAUCUACGUUGGAAAUUUAUUUAAUCUUUACAUCUUAUCUCUAGAUGCUGGAUUUUUCAUUCAUGACCCUAAUGGCCACAAUUGCAUUGCAACAUUUACACUAUUUAUUGGAGUCACCUUCCCUUUCUUUGGAGAUCUUCUCGGUUUCUUUGGUGGAUUCGGCUUUGCUCCAACGUCAUACUUUCUUCUUAGUGUCAUUUGGCUCAUCAUCAAGAAACCAAAGAGAUUUAGUGUUUCUUGGCUCAUCAAUUGGGUAUUCAUUUAUAUUGGGGUGUUCAUCAUGCUGGCGUCAACAGUCGAAGGGCUUCAAAACAUCGUUAUGGACUCCUCUUCUUACAGCUUCUACUCCUAAGUCAAACAUAAUAUAUAUGUAACUUGCGGCAAAUAAUGUAAAGGAUCAAUUUGCUUGAUGUGUUUAUGGUGUUAUCCAGAUCAAGUUUCUUUGCAGCAAACUGAUAGAUAUUGUGAAAUAAUCUCAACUCAUGUAUUCUCAUUAACUGCUUCCAAUACUUAUAGUACAAUAUGUUUCCUAAACCUAU